AUGGAAAAGAUAUUCACCAACAAAAAUUACAAACGCGAUAUAGAUUACGUUUUCAAGCUUAGUGGCUUUGUCUUUCGUGUGCUGGGUGUCUGGCCGUACGCGCGUACAAAGUCCUGGCUUCCGAAGAUCCUCGAGAAAGUCGCGGUGAUCCUCGUCUCCUACAUCCUCCUCACUUAUGAGUUGGUCCCGGCGUUUCUCUAUAUGGCCAUCGUGCAAAGAGAGACCCGUGACAGGCUGAAAGUCGUCGCCACCGUAAUAUUUAUGAUGUUAGCAAUGGCUAAGUACGGCCAAUUGCUAACCAAAAGGAACCAAGUGAGAAACUGCCUCGCGCAGAUUGAGGACGAUUGGCAAAUAGUCAACUCACAUUAUCAUGAUGUGAUGAUCGAUAAGGCUAGAACAGGCAGACGUUUGCUGAUAAUAUGCUCCAUAUUCAUGUAUUCCAUUGGGGUGUCCUUUCGAACAAUUAUACCGUUAUCUGCCGGAAAGAUCGUCACUGAACAGAAUUUUACGAUCAGACAUCUACCGUGCCCGGCUUACUUUGUUCUAUUCGACGUGCAGCUUAGGCCCGCUUAUGAGAUAGUAUUCCUUAUGCCGUAUUCUUCUCCGGAUUCGUGA